UAUGGUAAUAAAACUGUGUACAAUUAGGCCUAAAAAUUAAUAUUAAUCACACAACAACCACAUGUGAGUUCACUUUUUAGUCAAAGAGUAGUCUUUUAUUUGGGAAACAACAUAAUUAUAAGCACACCAGUUGUUUUCAUUUUAUUUAUAGUUAUCCUUCAGCAGAAUGACUUCCAUAAAAACGCCGGCAAUUUAUUCGAAUUUGUUGAAAUUUUUUCUCUUGAGUUUAUUUUUGGAGUGUACGGUUAGUGAAUGGGUUGAGCCAUCCAGACACGCAUACGUUGACCCUAUAGAUCGAGAACAACCAUGGAUUAGCUUCCAGCUGACCUUCAUCCUCGAGAGGGGGACGGAGCAAUGUUUCUUCCAGAAGGUCAAGACUGGAUUCAAGUUCCAACUUCAUUACCAUGCGAGUAGCAGGGACGUUGAGCACAACAUGCGAGUCAUUAUUAAGACCGAUCGUGGCGAACGACUUUACACAUCUUUUAACAAUAUUGAAGAUGAGUUCGAGAGAGACGUCGACAAAGACGAAACCUACAAUUUGUGCUUCGGAAACUUCGCUUCUCGAUACCAUGCUAAGAAAGUUUCCAUGACGAUCGAUAUGUUUGAAGAAAAUACUUUACAAAAGUAUUUCACGUUGAAGGCAGAAACGGAGCACAACUUGGCCAAUGCAUCAGAUUCAAUCCAGAGAACAUGGCGGCAAAUGUUUCGCGUCUCAAGACAGCAGUAUAUGCUACGUUUCAGUACUGAGCUAGACACAAUGCUACAAUCAAGUAAUGCUGAUUAUAUCUUAUACUGGUCCAUUGCCCAGGCAACUAUUAUAAUAUUGGCUGGUUUCAUUCAAGUAUGGACACUCCGAAGUUUCUUUAAUGUGAAGACUGUAACUCCAACACAGAAACCAAGGUGUUAGCUAACUAUCUUUCUGAAUUUAAUAAUAGAUGUUAAAUUUACAUCGGGGAUAAAAAAUAUAAGGGGAGGUCAAUUCUUAAACGGGUUCAUCAAAAAUUCGUUUCAGUUAUCAAUAGUUGUUAACUUUAGCAUUACUUUAUUCGAAUUGUGUCUGUUAUUAUGGUUCACCAAAAGGUCAAAGUUUUGUUUUAACAAUUAAUUUUCGGAGUAAUCCAUUGUUUACGUCAUGUUGGUGAUUGUUUGUUUGUUUGUCCGCUGUUUUUAUUCGUUCUUCUCUUCUAUUUAUUUACUUUUUCUUCUUCAAACGGGCAGCAACUAUUGUGCUGUUUCUCAGUGAUGUUAAUGAUAGAAACCUUAAAAUUAACCUUUCUACUGCUGAAACUACCUUUAUAAUAUCACCAGAGUUCUAUAACAGAAGCUAAAACUGAACAAAAAUAUCAUGACUGCAGUUUUCCAUCAGCCCGAUGGCUGCCUUGAUAUUGAAAGAGAAAACAAAACGACGGCACAACAUAAUUAAUUGAAUGCCGUUAGACCUUACAAAAAUAGUUUCAUCUAUUAAGCAAAUACACUGUUGCUCUACAGAGCUCAAAGUCCAACCUAAAUUAUAUCUUAUCUCUAGCAUUUCAUAUUCAUAUUUUGUGCACUUAUGUUAAACUUUUAACUUAAAUUAUUAAUAAUAUAAAUGUUUGUCUUUAUUAAAGGGGAGGAUGGGGUUACUUUCUCGUGUUUUUGUUUUGUUUUCAAAAAGGUACACAAAGCCAACUCAACAAUCAAUUAUCUUGUAAUUUUAUUACUUAAUCGCCACAAAGUACAUUACAUUUCUGCUAAGAAUAAAGCAGCAUUAUGAUAACUGUGAAAGAAGACCUGUGAAAGAAGACACUUAUCUGAAUUGUACAUGGAGUGACAUUAAGUAUUCAGAAAAUGCUUACUGAUUUGAUAUACACUGUACAUGGAUAUGAAGAAUUGAAGAAUGUGUUGCAUAAUAAUUGUUUAGGCAGUUUCAAGCUGUAACUUGACCGCAGAACCUACGUCACGGUGGGCCACAGUUUUAGAUAACGCAAGUGUUUCGAUUUAUGAAUUCCAUAGGAAAGGGAGCACGAAAACGCCUAUAGUUUUACCUCCAUUGUUAUACAUGUAGGUUGUGAAGCAAUGCAACCAAUGGACUAUAAGACACCUCUAGUGUAUACAACCAAGUACUGCAGACAAUUACCCGAAGGCAACCAGGCAUCGAUUUCACAAACAGUUAGGACUAACUUGGGACUAGUCCUAGGAGAUAGUAAAAACUUAAGGCUAGUCCUAAAGUUGGGUCGAGUAACUCGUCAUAAUAACCCGAGAUAAGACUAGUCCCUUUACUCUUUGUGAAAUCCAACUCUGGAAACAUAGCAAUGGACAGUGACCUUUUCUAGAUAGCAGAGUUAUUUUGUGCUAAGCUGAUUUUCUUCUAGCCUGUAAGCAUUUCUUUGGAAAUAUGUCCAAACUUAUUUAAUCCUUUUGAUUGAUGUUGGAUGUGACAUAAAUAAAUAAAUAAAUUAAUAAAUAAUGCAUGAUUUACUUUAAUAAACAAUUGUGACAAUUUAAAUAUA